AUGAAAAUUCAUUUAUUUUUACUAUAUCAUUUUUAUUUUUUGAUCACAAUAGUAGUAUAUAUUUACUUCUGUUGCAUUCAUCCAUACUAUAAAUCAAAGAAAUAUAAACUCAAAUUUAUAAGGCAUAUAGAAAUAAAAUUAGUAAGAAAUUUAGCGGAAUUAUAUGAUUUUAAAGAUGAGGAUAUUAUAAAUUCCACAGGUCUUUCAAUGAAAGAUGUACAAUUAUUAUACAACAGAAGAGAAUCAAAUUAUGAAAACACAUUGACUGAAGGAUAUUUUGGAGAUUCAAGAUAUUUAUUUGUAAAAUUAAUAGAUGGAAUAUUUUUAAAAAAUUAUUUCAAAUGCUUAGAAAAAGAGAAAAAGCAUAUUAGAUCAAUAUAUAACAGUUUAGAGACUACCAAAUAUGAAGUAUUAAAUUUUUUAAAAAGAUCACUUGACGAUGCAGAAGAUCAUAUAAAUACGGUAUUUCAGAGACAUACCGCUUCUGAUAAAUCUGAAUUAUUAAAAUUUAGUGAUGUUAAAAUCACCCUAAACCACAAUGGAGAUAACAUUGAUAUAUUAAUUAAUGAACAAGAUGCACAUGAAUACUUAGAACAGAUAAAAUUUAGUGGAGAGAUUCCUUUAAGGUUAGAAAAUUCCUUUGACUAUUUUAGCAAACUGAAUGAAAAGAAUGAUAUAUUUUUUUCUAAACUUAGUAAUGGUAUUUUUAGUUACAAUAUUUAUACUAUUAUUUAUUUAAUAUUUCGUAAAAAUAUGUUUCCUCUUAAAUAUGUUCAUGGAGAUAAUUCUGAUAUCAUUGAUUACUAUAGAUAUGAAAUGGAAAAUAUUUUUAAGGAAUUUACUAAUUCCAUAUUUUUACUUAAUAAAAAAAGAUCUACCACAAUUAUUUGUAUAAAGGAAAACGUUAAUGAAUUUAAUGAUUUAUUUAAUAAUAUAAAUAGAGCCUUAGAUCGCACAAUAGAGGAUAAAACACAUAAAUUAUUUAUGGUAUUAAAUAAAAUUUUAAAUGGAGACAUAAAAUGUAUAAUAUCAUUUAUUGCAUACAUACUUGAAAUAAACCUUUCGAAAAAUAAGUUUGAAUUAGAUAAAUUAAAAGAAGAAUAUAAGGAGAUUUUAUUUAAACAUAUGAUUUUAAAUGAAAUAUGUGAUUUAUUUUUACAAGAAAAAGAAGAGAUAAAAGAAUCCUUAGUUGAAUUUAAAACCUAUAUAAAAGAUAUUUUCGGUUUCGAUGUGAAUAAUACGGGUAUUAGAUCAUUGGUAAGCAAGCUUUAUGGAUCAGUUGAUAUAAAUAGUAUCGAAAAGAUAUUUAAAGUUAUUGUAUUUUCAUUAUUAUGUAAGAAACAAAUUAAUGAGUAUGGAAAUUUUAUACAAUUACUUAAAAAUGAAUCGAAAAAUAGAAGGAUAGAUAAAAAAAAAUUUAUAGGUACCCACAGAAGAAUAAAUGAAAAAGUUUUAUUUAUUCCAAAAAAUAAAUCUGAAAAUUUAAUAUUAAAAUAUGCCGAAAUUUAUGAAAGAAAUAGUUUUAUUAAUAAUAUUGAGAGUUGCUCUAGUCAUUUAUCUUCAGUACUAUGCGACAUGGAUAGAGUAUUACGUAAGUUUACUUUCUUUAGAUUCUUAAUAAAUAUGUUAAACAAUGAGUUGCAUAAAUCAGAAAAACAUUAUUUCAGUUCUAAAAAAAAAAAAUUAUUGAACAAAAAUGUUAUAUUAUAUUUUCUGUAUGAAAUUAUAAACUUUGAUAGUAGUUAUGAAAAAAAAUAUAGAUAUACUUAUAUUAGAAAUUUGUGUUGA